GUUCAUCGAAAAAUUUCAUUUAUGUUUGUUAUAUUUUUAAUUAUACAACUGUUGUUUGGACAAUCGAUUGGUCAGAAUUGGCUAAUCGAUAAUAUUCUACCUGAUAAUUAUAAUCCGAAUGUUGCACCAUUAAUCGACGGUUCAGUCAUUGUAAAUGUAUCGAUGCGUGUACAUAAAUUCGAUGCUGGUGAUAAUCAAUUGACUUUAGAAACUGAUUUGACUAUGUGCCUGCAAUGGUUCGAUCCACGUAUAUUAGAUUUCAAUCUUACCACCGUUUCUGAUCUGAUUCCGGGUAAAGAAUUGCGUAGUAAUAUCAUUGUACUCACCGAUUAUAGCCGUAUAUGGCUACCACAAAUUUAUUUCCGUAAUGCAAUUACAACACAAAUUGUUAAUAGUUUUCAAGUUGUUGAAGUUUAUUCACAUGAUAAAAUAUUUAAUUGGUGUUCACGUAUCGACAUAUCAUUCAUUUGUCGAUUUAUUUUGUCGAAUUUUCCAUUCGAUGAACAUUAUUGUUAUUUUAAGCUACAAACACUUGGUACAUCGAUUCCCUAUGUUCGGUUACAAAUGCAUGAACAUCUUAAAUCACCUGGUCAUAAUAAUCAAUUCGUUGUACGUGAAAGUUUAUUGGGCGAUUGUAAUCCGGAAAAAGAACCACUGAAUCGUUUCGAUCGAAUCUAUCAUAAUCUAGAGCAUCGUUGGAAUGAUGAUAGCUGCAUUUAUGCUGGCCUUAGAAUUGUUCGCCAUGUAAAUUAUUAUAUUAUCCGAUAUUAUCUGCUUAGUUUCUUAUUGGUCUGUAUUGCUUUCGUUGAAUUCUGGUAUCCGGUUGCAGCUUAUUCAGCAAAUGGUCGUAUGGUAUUGACUGUCAUUUGUUUAGUCAACAUAAUCGGUCUUAGCCGUGAAUGUUAUAAUGAGGUUCCUUGUAAAGAUGUUGCAUCAUUAUAUUGGUGGAUGUGGGGUUGUCAAUUUUUUGUCUAUAUGUGUCUAGUGGAAUUUGCAUUAGCUUAUGGUUGGUUUUAUUAUAUUGCAGACAAAAAGAAUGCACGUGCAAGAGGUAUUGAAAGUCCAGAUGGUUAUUAUUUCGGUAAAGGUGGUUUUUAUCGAAGAUGUGGUCAAGUAUUGACCAAUUUCUUACGGAUGAUUUAUGGUAAUUUACCGUUUCAUGAAGAUGAAGUGAAUAGAAAUAAGGUCGAUUAUUUAGCCAGAGUUGUAUUUCCGGCUACAUUACUAUUUUUUACAUUAAUCUAUAUUGUUGCUACUAUUCCGGCAUGGGUGGCCAAAUAUUGAAUUUUUUUAUCAUUUUCUCUCUUGUUUUUGUUGUUGAUAUUUGUCCUAUAUUUUUCA